CUGCCACACACAGGUGACAAUUGUCGGCGUGUUCAGACAACUCCAGACAGCACAGCCCUGCCGUAGAGCCCCCAAGCCAGACAGCCAGCAACCUUGCUUCAAAACUCUACGCACAUCCUGUGUCAAUUGUUACCGGGUGCGGAGAUUAGACUUCUUGUGCGGCUUCUUCUAUCGUCGCUUGGGAUGAAAAUCCAGCUAUAAAAUGCGCCAAUUCUGUCACUCGUCCCUAUUCUAAGACGCCCUAGGUGGACCUCUAUCUUCAUGAAGUGUUGGGACAAAGACAUACUAGAUAAGACGGUGUCUCGCUCCGCCCCCAGCGUGGAGUGGGCGAUACGAGCAGUGAUGGUGAUGGUGAUGCGCUGCCCCACUGUACUGCUGUUGUUGUUGUGUCUCCAGCCCGGGCCCGCCGUCGCCGACUUCGAGAAGACCUGUAAUCUGGAGGACCGGCGGGAGGGGCCGGCAGCGGGUGGGAUCUGUGGGAGCCGGCUACCGGAAGUCAUCAGGCUCACCUGUCUGGUUAGACGACAUCGCAGGUCCGCCAAGUCUCUAAAGGGCAAGGCGAUAGAUAAACAGAGCGAGUUGAAGGAUCUGACGCUACACAAGAGCACAGCAUUGUCCUAUUUGUUGAAGCGGUCGAACGGCCUUGGGGAGCAGGGCAUCACAUGCGAGUGUUGCUACAACCGAUGCAGCCUCACGGAGCUUAUGCAGUACUGCUGACGUCACAACCAAUCAUAGACACUGUGCAAGUGUCCCGUGAUGACGACAUCCAUUACAUCGCAGUCAUGUGCCUUUAACAUCCAAGUUCAAGGUCCCGGUUCUUAGGCAGACGAAGGCUGCACAAUCUCAGCUUGCAGUAACCAAUUAUUGACUCUUACCACUGCCAUCCUGCGUCGUUGUCAUAGACAUGUCGUGCGUCCUCAACGUCACCUGUGUACUGCGCAUGCGUGUUCACGUGACAUUCAUGUGCCAACAUAACCCCUGAAGGUGCACCAUACCAACAGGCAUUGUCGUGUCGCAUUUUUAAUAAAGUUUGUUGGUAUAAAAUUA